AUGGACGCGCAGCAUCCCGAGGUGGAUCCACCGCCACCGCCUCCCGUCGAGCGGAGGGCACCAAAAGCGCGAGGGUCGAGACGGGACGAGAGGGAGGAGAAGGUUCGGAUCGUGUAUCCGCGGGAAUGCCCUCACUGCUCCAAAACGUUUCCCUCGAGCACAAGGUAUCACAAGCAUGUGAAGUUUCACACUGCGGCGAAGAGCUUCAAGUGUGGCCAUCCCGGUUGCAACAAAGCCUACAAGAGGAAAGAAGACUUGGAAGACCACGAGGCUGUUCACCUCGAAGUGAAGCCCUUCCGAUGUACGGUGAAGUCUUGCAACAGGACCUUUACCACGAAGCAGUCGCUGAUGUCGCACAUCGGGCGUGUGCACAACGGCCUGAGCUGCACUGCCUGCGGGCUCCGCUUCCGCAAGAAGGCGAAGCUGCAGCAGCAUUGGGCCAUUGUACAUGGGGCCCAUGAGGCCCAUGACGGCUCCUUAGUGGAGCCGGGAAAGUGCCCGGAUUGUGGUAAGACCUUUCAGCACCGCGAGUCCUUGGAGAAGCACAUCUUGGCCCAGCAUCCUCGAGAAGGCCUUGAAACGCCCAAACGCAAGUCCUACAAGUGCACUGGCUGCGAGGAGGUUUUCAGCAGCUUUCUGGACAUGGUCCGUCACCGACGAGAGAAGCAUCCCAAGACAUACUCUUGCGACGAGUGCGACUUCGUCGCCAAGAAGCGAGACCAGCUGAACCAUCACAAGGCCAUAGUCCACAGACAGGUGAUGGUGCGCUGUCAGCACAAGGGCUGUCCUCAGACAUUUACGACCAAACCUGCCAUGAGACUCCAUUUCCGGGUGGCGCACAUGAACCUCAAGCAGUAUCUCUGCAGGCAGUGCGGGCAGGCCUUCGCGUACAAGCACGUGCUGCGGAGGCACUGCGAGAAGGUGCAUAAGAUCCUGCCGACGGAGGAGGAGCUGAAGCCGUGCAAGGAUGAGCAGGAGCGCGCCAAGUACGCUCGGAUGGAGCCUCCGCCGAAGAAGGCUCCGCGUCCAGAGCUGCGACCUACAAUCGCCCAAGCCAUGCUGAGAUGA